AUGACGACAAUAUGCACAAUGAACCGCAAUAAUAAUAUAAAUACUACUGAUUCGAAAAAUAAAAUCUCAAAUAAAAAUAAAAAUAAAAAUAAAACAAAUUGCACGUCGUCCAGUCGUAUACAGAGUGCAUCAAGUGAUGUGUUCGAAAAUUCUGACAUGGACAUAAACGUUACCGUAAAUAAGUCUAGUAAAUCCGGCAGGAAUUUUUCAUCCUCUGGCGAAUUUUCCACAAGUAAAAUAGCUAAGAUGACCCAAAAAAGUAUAUUUUCAACAACAAAUAGAUACUCCUGCCUUGUUAUUGAAGACAACCCAGAGAUAGCGUUCCCAUCUCAGAAUCCAUCAAUCAGACGAUAUUAGCGAACCCGCCAAACCUCCACCACCAAUUAUGAUUCAAGGGAUGCUUGAUUUUGUGGCGCUUCGGAAUGAUUUUUUCAAACUGCUUGGUGCAGAAAAUUUCUUAUUCAAAUCAUCCACUAAUGAUUUAAAAAUCCUCACUAAGAAUUCCGACUCUUAUAGAGCUGUGAUAAAGUAUUUAAAUGAAAAUAAAGCCGAAUAUCACACCUAUCAACAACGUGAGAACAAAGCUUUUCGUGUUGAUAUCCUUCCACCCCAUUAAAUGAGAUUGGAAUUGCCAAUAAAGAAAUUGGCUUCACAGUGCGUCAAGUUGCUAAUGUCCGUCACAAAACAACAAAAAAAAAAUUGACUCUCUUUUUUGUUGAUCUUGAGAUCAACAAAGAAAUAUUCUACGUAACAUCCAUUUUUUACACCAAAGUUCGAAUCGAAGAACCACAUAAACGUCGGGAAGUAAUUCAAUGCCAAAACUGUCAGAAAUACGGCCACUCCAAAAGCUAUUGCGCACACCCACCUCGCUGCGUCCGCUGGGCUGAAUUUCACACAUCUUCGUCUUGCACCAAAUCCACAGAUCAACCUCCAACGUGCGCUCUCUGUGGGGGAAGUCAUCCAGCAAAUUACCGCGGAUGUACUGUUCACAAAGACCUACAGAAAUUUCACAAUAAUUCCAAAGCUACAACUAAACAAAAUGUUAAUUUAAAUUAUAAUGUAAAUGGAGGUAAAGCCACUAGCGAUGGAACACUCUCUGGUCAACCCAAUCUCAAUUUAAAUAAUUCCAAGGAAUUCCCAAACCUUUCAACAAACGUGUCUCACCCACAAGAUAGCAAAGACAAACCAAAUUACUACAAAAAAAAUCAUUAA